GCCCUCGCUCUGCCUGGUGGGGGAGUCAGACAUGCUCCUGACCAGGCAGAGGGCCCCUCAGACAGUUCCCGCCUGCGAGCUGCCCCCCAAGGUCUACGACAUGGCCCUCAACACGGGCGCCCACACAUCCUCGGGCCUGGCCACCGCCGGCUUCCGCACCGCCAAGUACCUGAUGGACGAGUGGUACCAGAACACCUAUGCCCGCUUCUACCAGGCCUUUGCCGACCGUGAUGGGUCGGAGCGGCAGCGCCACGAGAGCCGCCAGUUGGCAUCCGAGACGGAGGCGCUGGCACGACGCACACAGGACGACUCCACGCGCAAGGUGGGCGCCCGCCUGCAGGACAUGCACAGCUGGAAGUCGGAGCUGCAACGGCAGGUGGACGAGUUGGUGUCCGAGACCCGCCUGCUGCUGGCCCAGAAGCGGCGGCUGGAGCGGGCGCUGGACACCUCGGCUGUGCCCUUCUCCAUUGCCACCGACAACUUGCAGCGACGUGAGCGCCGCCAGCACCCUGACCUGGUGCGCGAUUCCGUGGAGAUGGAGCUGCUGAAGGAGGCCGAGCUUAUCCGGAACGUCCAGGAGCUCCUGAAGAGGACCAUUGUGCAGGCGGUGAACCAGAUCCGGGAGAACCGGCAGCAGAAAGAGACCUGUGAGAUCAACUGGUCGGACAAGGUGGAGUCCUACAAUAUCGACGACAAGUGCUCUCGCUAUCACAAUGACAGCAUCGACAUCCAGUUCCACCCGCACUCGCUGGCCUACGAGGAGAGCGCCUCCACGCCCGAGACUUGGGACAGAUUCAACCGGGAAAUCCUGCAACGCGCCGACCGCGAGCGUCUGGCCACGGUCAGCCUGCGGGCGCUCAUCGACAACAUCCUGAAGGACACGGCCGAGGACCUGCGGCUGCAGUGCGACGCCGUGAACCUGGCCUUCGAGCGCCGCUGCGAGGAGCUGGAGGACGCGCGUCACAAGCUGGAGUUUCACCUGCACAAGACGCUGCGGGAGAUCACAGAGCAGGAGCACAACGUGGCGCUGCUGAAGCAGGCCAUCAAGGACAAGGAGGCGCCGCUGAAGGUGGCCCAGACCCGCCUGUACCAGCGCUCCCAGCGGCCCAACGUGGAGCUGUGCCGAGACAUCGCCCAGUCCAGGCUGACAAGCGAGGUGGAGGAGCUGAACGUGUCCUUAGCAGCCCUGAAGGAGAAGCUCCUGGAGGCAGAGCAGUGCCUCCGUGACCUGGAACACACACGCAUGGCCCUGGAGAAGGACGUGGCCGUCAAGAUCAACAGCCUGGCCAUUGACCGGCAGCAGUGCCUGGCGCACCGUGCGCACUAUCCCACCGUGCUGCAGCUCUCUGGCUAUGAGUGAGCCC